CAAUGAACAAGUAAAGACCGAAGCCCUUGACGACAAUAACGCGUCACGGAAACAACACACCGUUGCAUUAGCCUAAGAUCUUAAUCAAUAUAUCAGAAUAAAAUUAAUAACCAUCUUAGACAAUUGUAAAUAAGCUUUAAAAUUUUUUAAAAUGAUGUGAUUCAAAGUUUCCCUUAAUUUCUUAAAAGUAAUGACAUUAUUAGGCUUUGAGUAUUAAUUUUGACACUGUUAAGUAUUGAAAAGAAUCAUUAUCGAUUAUCUUACCUCGUCGAUAUUCAGUUAUUUCAUGUUGUCCUGAAAUAUUUACAUCGUCUGCUUUUGGGACGCUAGUUAGAACAGCAGUAUUAACAUGUAUUAAGUAAUUAUUGUUUUGGAGAUAUUGAUACCGUUGCAACAAUGAGUUCCAACAAAGAAUCGCUUCGGCGAUGUCGACGAAGAAAAACUGUCAUUGGACCGAGACAGGAAUUACGGCGAAUAAAAGAACGCGUUGAUUUCUUCCUAUUACAAGCUUCCCAGCAAGCUAACCAGCAAGAUAACCAGCAAGAUAACCAGCAAUAUAGACAAUUACAAACAUCAGAUAUGGACAAUGUUCUUUCCUCUGUAGUUAACUCGAGGACAUUGGAUAUGAUGGUUCCAUUAGUAAACACCACACAUGCACAAAGUGAUGGUAACGAUCAGCAGCAAACAGAAAUUCAUUCGUUGCAUUAUGAACAGACUGAUGAUCAGGAGGCACAUAGUGAAAAUCAACAAGAGUCAUGUAUGUCAUCACACAGUGAACGUGAAUGGAAUGGGCUACAAGAAUGGUUUCUUGGCCGAAUAGCUGGGCGGACAUUCCGGCAUCAUAGGCGACGGAGAAAAGACGAUUUGUUAAUUCCAAUAGGGUGCUUUUCAGAGUUUGACUUGUGUGACUUCGGUGUAAUACAAGUUGUUGUAUUUCUUGAUAUUUCGUUUGAGUAA